AAAAAAAACUUGUUAAUAGAACAAUAUGUAUUGUGUAGAUUGUGGAGCAGCAUGCGUGGCCAGGUGUCGGUUAAGCCGUCGGCCAAAUCUAUGCCACAGGGCAUGCGGGACCUGCUGUGCUCGUUGUGGUUGUGUUCCACCGGGUACUUCUGGUAACCAAGAACUAUGCGCUUGCUACUACAACCAGACUACCCAUGGAGGAAAACGCAAGUGCCCCUAAGUUGGUUAUAAAUUGUUACACAAAUCUUAUGUAAUUUAAUAGUAAUAUUACUUUCCCAAAUUUGAGUUUUGGUUAUCUUUA